AUGGAUGAAGAAGUAAAUGUAUCAGCAGGACCUUCCGGAAAGUCGGAUUUUGCUUCAGGUCGUGUGCUGAACAUGUCAAAUGAUGAUUGCUAUCUUGAAGAUGUUUUGUUGUGGAACGAUCACAUUGUCAUCAUAAAUCAAUUAGCAUUAUCAACAUUUCUCCAUGAGAAUAAAAAAAAUUGA